AUGCCUGCCACUUCGCUGUCCGCCGGCAACGGCGCCAAUGCCAACGACAACAUCACACGCUUCAACCCCCCCAGCCGUGUGCUCUCUCCCCUCAGCCACGCCCUCUUCCACAACAAGACACGAUGCUUCGUAUAUGGCAUGCAACCCCGAGCCGUGCAGGGCAUGCUCGACUUUGACUUCAUCUGCAAGCGCACCACCCCCUCCGUGGCCGGUAUCAUCUACACCUUCGGCGGCCAAUUCGUCAGCAAGAUGUACUGGGGUACCAGCGAGACCCUCCUCCCCGUCUACCAAGACGUUGAGAAGGCCAUGGCCAAGCACCCCGAUGUCGACACCGUCGUCAACUUCGCCUCUUCCCGUUCCGUCUACAGCUCCACCAUGGAGCUCAUGAACUGCCCCCAGAUUCGCUCCAUCGCCAUCAUUGCCGAGGGUGUUCCCGAGCGUCGUGCCCGUGAGAUCAUGGUCACCGCCAAGGAGAAGGGCAUUACCAUCAUUGGUCCCGCCACCGUCGGUGGUAUCAAGCCCGGUGCGUACAAGAUCGGUAACACCGGUGGUAUGAUGGACAACAUUGUCGCCUCCAAGCUGUAUCGCAAGGGUUCCGUCGGUUACGUCUCCAAGUCCGGUGGUAUGUCCAACGAACUCAACAACAUUAUCUCUCAGAACACCGACGGUGUGUACGAGGGUGUUGCCAUCGGUGGUGACCGUUACCCCGGCACCACUUUCAUUGACCACCUGCUCCGUUACCAGGCCGAGCCUGAGUGCAAGAUCCUCGUCCUGCUCGGUGAGGUCGGUGGUGUUGAGGAGUACCGUGUGAUCGAGGCCGUCAAGAACGGCACUAUCACCAAGCCCAUCGUGGCCUGGGCCAUCGGUACUUGCGCCAGCAUGUUCAAGACCGAGGUUCAGUUCGGUCACGCUGGUGCCUCCGCCAACUCCCAGCUGGAGACCGCUGUCUACAAGAACAAGGCCAUGCGUGAGGCCGGUAUCUACGUCCCCGAGACCUUCGAGGACCUCCCCCAUACCCUGAAGGAGGUCUACGAGGCCGAGCUCAAGAAGGGCACCAUCACCCCCGCCCCCGAGCCCGUUGUCCCCAAGAUUCCCAUCGACUACUCCUGGGCCCAGGAGCUGGGUCUUGUCCGCAAGCCCGCUGCUUUUAUCUCCACUAUCUCCGACGACCGUGGCCAGGAGCUGCUGUACGCCGGUAUGCCCAUCUCUGACGUCUUCAAGGAGGACAUCGGUAUCGGUGGUGUCAUCAAGUUCCUGGAGAUGGUUCUCAUGCUCACUGCCGACCACGGUCCCGCCGUGUCUGGUGCCAUGAACACCAUCAUCACUACCCGUGCCGGCAAGGACCUGAUCUCUGCCCUGGUCUCCGGUCUCCUGACCAUUGGUUCCCGCUUCGGUGGUGCGCUGGACGGUGCCGCUGAGGAGUUCACCAAGGCUUACGACAAGGGCCUCAGCCCCCGUGACUUCGUCGACACUAUGCGCAAGGAGAACAAGCUCAUCCCCGGUAUUGGCCACAAGGUUAAGUCCCGCAACAACCCCGAUCUGCGUGUCGAGCUUGUCAAGGAGUUCGCCCAGAAGCACUUCCCCAGCACCAAGCUGCUCGACUACGCCAUCGCCGUCGAGACUGUCACCACCUCCAAGAAGGACAACCUCAUCCUGAACGUCGACGGCUGCGUUGCUGUCUGCUUCAUCGAUAUGAUUAAGAACUGCGGUGCUUUCUCCACCGAGGAGGCCCAGGAUUACCUUCAGAUGGGUGUCCUCAACGGUCUGUUCGUGCUUGGUCGUUCCAUCGGUCUUAUUGCCCACUACCUCGACCAGAAGCGCCUGCGUACCGGUCUGUACCGUCACCCCUGGGACGACAUCACCUACCUUCUUCCCACCCUGCAGAAGGGUGGUGCCGAGGGCCGUGUCGAGGUCAGCAUUUGA